AUGAAGCGUAUUCAGGUGAAGAGAAGAAUGAGAGACACAGGAGAGUGGUGAGUAGGCUUGAAUUAAGCACAUCUCCUGUUAGCUUGUCAACAGGAACGGCGAUGCAUAUGUAAGAAUUUCACCUUUUAAAGCAGAUUGUGUGUGUGUGCACAUGUGGGAGUGUCACCCCGGAGCUUUUUGUGCGGCCUGAGUGGAGGAAGCUGACAGGCUCUGGGGCAGCUCGUCCAGAGGUUAGAGGGGUUAUUGCUUUGUCAUCCAUUUUAAAUCAGCCUCCAGACACACACUGGAGGAGCCAUUACAGCUCAGAAAGUUUGCUGAUGCGCCUGCAGCUGCAGAAGUAACAGAGCUCAAGGCCGGGCGCUGCCUGCCUGCCUGCCUGCCGGGGUUCACUUAGUGGAGUCUGCUGCUCAGCUGGUCCUGUCUGCAUCUCGGUCUGAGGAAUGUUCCCUUUCAGUGGGAGAGUCGGCUUUGACACAGUGAGAUAAACACUGCACAGGGUACAUAUUGUAUCUGCGGCCUUUUUUAUGUACAACCUUUAAUGCCAACCUUACUUGAUGUCUCAUUUGUUAUUCAGCUACAAACAAGUUAAGUCUGUAAAGUGCUUCAACACUUUUGCCUUUACAUCUGUUUUUACAGUGAUACACAAUCGGGUGGAUUUAUGCUGCUGCUACAGAUUUUAAUUCAGCACAAUCAUACAGUCCUGCAUGUUUACUACCUUUGAAAUACAUGUAUGAGGAGUAAUUUAAACUAUAAACAAAUAUUUUUACUGAGGGUGUCCCGAUAUAACUUUUUUUUUUUACUUCUGAUACAAUACCAACAUUGUAGCCUUCAGUAUGUGCCGAUACUGACAUUAGCACAAACAAAAAUUCUGCUACACGGCCGAUAUCACUCCCACUCCUUGCUACUUUGUUAGUACUUUAGUACACACUGUUGUUGUAAUUACAUGGGCUCUGCAUGCUAGAUCCUGGCGCUGCUAGAUAGAGGUGCCGGAGCGGAGUCUGGAAUGGACUGCUUGUAUCGGAGUGCUAAUAUCAGAGAUUUUAGAUGCAGGCCGAUAUAAUCCGAUAUUAGAUUUUUUGCUGAUAUCGGACCAAUAUCCUAUAUCAACAUCGUACUGGGACACCCCUACUGUUUACAAUUUAAAUUAAUUAAUUAUAAAGGGUAAAGGUAAGAUCUUCUGUCUCCUUCCAUAAAACUUUCCACAACAGGUCAAAACUGUUUUCUACACUGGAAGUUUGGAUCUGGUUGUUAAGCAGACUGAGUCUCAGAUGCUCCAGACUAAUAAAGUCUUAAGUUCUACCUCCAACACUGAAUGUGUGAUACAUACAAAAGCUGACCACAAACAGAGAUUCAGCCAUAGGAAAAGAAAAAAAAACAGCCGAUCUUGACCUUUGCUGGCCUCAUCCUCCUCCUCAUUUUCGAAAGUUUCAUGAGUGCUGUUUUAUUAAUUCUUCUACAACUAGUUUCUCUGCUGUGUCUGACCUGUUCCCUCUACAGGCCCGGAGGAAGAAAAUGUCUCAGGAAAAGGCAAGGGGCGAGAGUCAGACCGUUCUCUGCUCCAGGAAACACGCCAGGUUGGAUUUUAAAGCGGCUCUCUUGGCUCAUAUCCAAAUGUUAACCCCCCCCCCGUCUACCACCCAUAAACACACACACACACACAUACACAGACACAAACACACACUUACGCCAUUAAAUUCCUCUCACCAAUGAUGCCAAGACUGCUUUCCGCUAUUCCCUUCCUCUCCCCUCAAACAACCCAAACAAUGUGUUUUUACUUUCAAUGACUCCCCAAACUGGUCUAAUGUGACUCCAACUUCUGCAUCUGAAAAGACUUUCAGAUAUCACAGCCGUCUCUUUAAGUGCUGACGUCACCUCGGAUAACUCCAACCCCCCAAAGACACACAAGUGCUCACACCCAGCAAGGCGUACCAUCUUUAAGCCUUUCUAAUCCUUGAUCUGAGACAAAGGAGGGGGCUGUGUGUACACAGACACACACACCUGUCCCCCUCCUGCAGAUGUGAGGCUGUCUAUUGAUAAGCGCAGCCUAAGAUCAUUACAGACACUGUCAUGUGAAGGUAAAGAGGGAUUAUUUUGCUCGCCACUCAGAGCGUCCACUCAACUCACAUCAGAGGACUUAAGGUUUCCUCUUUUGUCUUUAUCGCUCUUUCUCUUACGAUCUCUUCAGCUCACUUUUGCUCCUUUUUCCUUUCACUCCGGUCUCCAUGGGGAUUUGAGUAGAGAGAGAGAGAGAGAGAGAGAGAGAGAGAGAGAAAGAGGGAGAGAAGAGGAAGGGAGGUGUGAGCCAGUCAACAAGUUAAAGGUUUUUUUCUUGGUAUCAAGAGAUAAAGGAAGUACGCGUGAGCUGCAUUCGCAAAGCCUUGACAGGCACAGUGACCAAGUGACCUUGAGGGGGCUCAUUCAUAAAGCCUGCCUACUCAGCUGGGGGUGGAAAAACCAAACAUCUAAACAUGAUAAGAUCUAGCAGGGAGGGGGGGGGGGGGGGUCAGAAAGAAAGGAAUAAACGAAUUAUGCCAGAUAAAGCCUUGUUCCUAUUGCACUCUGGAGGGUUGCUACCGCGGCUGAGUAAAAGGGGGAGAGAGGAAGAGAAAGCUUUCAAAGGCCCUCCGGAGAGAAAGAGAGGGAACAAGGCGAGCUGAGUCACACACUUCAACUGGUCACUUAAGGUAUUCACAACUCUCUGACAAAUAUUAAUGUAUUUAUAAAGCUUUUAUGACAGCAGUCGGGAAUUAUUGUCUAACUUUUCAAUGAUGUCAAACACCUACAUAUGGGUUCCCAGCAUGCAACGACAGCUGUGGUGGAGGGCAGUAGCAGCAGACUGCUCCUGGCUCCUGUCCCACAAUCCACUCUGAUGUUUAGGUUUUCAAGUGAGCCUCUUGCCUCAGUCGCAACAACCCACGGUGGAUGCUAAAUCAAACUCUUGGCACCAUCAGGGCAGCGUGAUAAUGAAGGAGCGGAAUUAAAUAAGAAGGAUUUGGAGAUAAAUGACACAGAGAGGCCGAUUUAAACACAAUCUGACAGUCCAGACUGGUAAAUAUUGCGCUAUUUGAAUAAGUCGACUACUAUUUCUUUGCUGCCUUUUGAACCCUAUCCCUUCAUCUUCCCAUUAAACGCUCUGUCAGGCUGUCUGUUUGCCGGGCGGCUCUACACAAUGACGUGUUUACCUCCAGUCAGAUUCCCAUUAAGAUCCCAGGAGAAGCACCGGGAGGUGAGAGUAUGUCUGUGUCUACAACUCAAACGGAGCCUUCUUACUGUAAUUUUUGUGAUAAUUGCAUGUGUCCCUAAAUGAUUCGCUAAAUAAACAUCGGAAUAAGGAAGUUAAGCUUGAUUUGUGUCUCCCGCCAUCUUCCUCGCAUAUCAACAGCGAGUAGAUUUAGCAGGGUAAAGCAAUAAGCAGCCUGUUUCUUUAUGUGUCAUGAAGAAGAUGUGGAUUAUUCACCGAGUCUUAAUUAAAACCAACAAUAUGACAAUGACUCAGCACAAGGUUCGAUGAUACCAUCAUUCUAGGACACUGAAAGGAUGCUGUUCACUUUAUGAACUCAGUAUUUUGUGUGAGCGAAAGUUAUCUCUCCUUUCCCCCUCAGUCAAUAUGUGAGCGCACUGCCCUCAGCGCGGAGAAUAUUGUCUAUCCCAUCUCAUAA